AUGAGUAUUUUUGGGGCAGUUUGUCUGGGAAGACCAAUGGUGUUGGCAGAACAAGUUGACCAAACAAAGUUUGUUUUCAAUAUUGCGAACGCCUCCAACAUAUCAUACAUUACCAUUUUCAUCUUGCCCAAUUCGCCCUUUGUCGAUAAUAAUUACACUGCGUUAAUAUAUUUCCAAUUACCCCAAAGUGGAGGUAGCUCACCUGAAUAUAAAUUAUUGGGAGGGAUCAAUCCAAACAAGCCAUCAGCGAUAUAUAAAUUGAACAAUAACACUAACAAAGGUUCGAAGUCAGCCGAUGACAUAGACAUGGACAUGAAUGACGGGGGUCCCAUUGAUUUGAGUGACAAAACUACUAUUAACAUUGGUAUUUCCAUUGAGCCUACAGCGCAAGCAGAGCAGUUGAUCCAACAGUCGAAAUUAUCCAACAGCACAUCAUUGGUGCCUGCAAACAAAACCACGGGAACCAGCUCCGCAGCCACUACAACGAGUCUGCCUAACGAGACUGCAAAGAUGGCAAAUAAGAUUGUUGGGCAUGCUUACAAUUAUUUGGCUAGUUUCAUAGAUGCGUCGGGGAAGGUACCCAUUAAAGCAUUUGACAACUGGUGGGAUAAAUUCAAGACAAAGUUGCAUAACAACCCAAAUUUUUUGAACGAAUUACAAGAAUGA